AUGGCGGCGGCGGGCGGUGGCGGGGCGCGGAGGGGGCUGCUGAAGCGGAAGCCGAACUUCACGCUGCAGGAGCUGGAGGUGCUGAUGAGCGAGGUGCUCCGGUACGAGCCGCUGCUGUUUGGCGCCGCCGCCGGUACCGUGAACGCCUACGAGAAGCAGAAGAUCUGGUGGCGGAUCACGCACAAGGUGAACGCCGCCGGCCGCCACCAGCGCGACAUCGGCGAGGUGAAGAACCGCUGGCGGGGGCUACGCCGCCGCGCCGGGGACAAGAUCAGCCGGCACCGGCUGGAGCGGCAGGGCCCGGCUGGCAGAGCUGCCGCCAGGAACGGGAACACCGGCAAUAACGGGAGCAACGGGAACGGCGCGGCCGAGCCCGGCCCGGGGCCCGCCCCCGCCUGGGGUCCUCGCGGCGCCGCCGGCACCGACACUCCGAUGCGCAGCGCCGAGGGGUCGGCACAGCGCGGUGUCAAGGAGGAGCCGGUGAAGGAGGAGCCUGUGGAGGUGAAGACUGAGCCCUUCCACGGCCCCGCUGCCGACGGCAUUCCCGGCCGCGGCUCAGACUGCCGGGUGCCCCGCACCGGAAUCUGCCCGCCCAGUGAGCUGUGCGAGGGCUGGAGCCGGAGCCCCCCGUGCCCCACACCCUCUGAACUCUCCCUCGGCGACCUAAGCGGGCAGCAAGAGCCGCUGGGCUCCGACUUCCCGAGUCUGCUGUUGGAGCAGGAGGCCGAGCAGCUCAGUCACUGCGGCGCAGGAGAGGUGGGGCUGGACGGGACCCCCAAGUGCCCCCAGCUCAGCCUCGUGCAGUCCAAUGAGCGGCUGGUGCAGGAGAUGCGGGCGUUCCGCCAGGAAUACGCCGAGAGCCGUCGGGAGACCACGGUGGUGCUGCGCGGCAUUGCCCAAGCCCUGGGCACGCUCAGUCACAGCCUGGCCGAAAUCCGUGACCUCUACCUCCGGGAGCGGGGGGUCCCCAAAUCCUGAGCCCCACACGCAGCUGGCUGUGUACACACACCCCUACCCCCCUCCCUGGAACCCACCUCGCCGCUUUUAUUACUAUUUUUAUUAUUAUUUCUUUUCAUCUCACUUCAAUAAAACUCGGAGCUGCACCCUCCAUGGCUCCC